AUGGCUAAGCUCCUUCAGCAGCCUAACUUCUCCUUGAGUUCGCCGUUCGGUCUCGCUCGCCUGGACGGUCCUGCGAAGACAACAAACAACAUCAGAAAACGCAAACUCAGCAGCAUAGAUAGCAAUUCUAAUCAAGAAUUCUACCCGGUCCCAAGGAAAAAGCUUCCCGCCGAAACCACCAAAAUCUGGGCAGCAGGAGAAGCGCGGACGACAACCCCGUCCGAGGAAGGAUGCAGAAAAGGCGGAAGCCCGCUUGGGAAAAGGAAUCGUGAUGACCACGACGACCUACCUCCACCACCGAAGCGACAAGUCAGCAUGAUCAUGGGAGGCUUCCUGGAUAACGACGAUUCCAUAUCGGCGAUCAAGGAAUACGAACGAAAGGCCGUCGCGGCACAACGCUACCCGUAUAUCCAUAAAGGGAUCCCUACUAUCUCCUUUACGGAUAAGGAUGCGAGCGGGCUGGACAUCCCUCACCUUGACCCACUCGUAAUCACUCUACAGAUCCACGACUGUGACGUCGCGAAGGUCCUGGUUGAUACCGGGAGCACGGUGAACCUCAUCUUUCUGGAAACACUGAACCGCAUGGGAGUGGAGGAAGGAUCUAUCAAACCUACAUCCCGUCCCCUCACCGGUUUCACCGCCGAGCAUGUUUACAGCUGUGGCACAGUCCGGCUCCCCGUUUAUGUCGGCGGAAUUUCAAAGCUCUUGAAGUUCAUCGUCAUGGACAAACCGGCCAUCUAUAACGCUAUCCUCGGCACCCCAUGGCUCCAUGAAAUGAAAGCUGUCAUCUCGACGUUCCACCAAUGCGUGAAGUUUCCGAUACCCUCUGGAAUUUUCACCUUACGUGGAGAUCAAAGAGUGACGAGAUCAUGUUUCCUUCGCGAGCGCAAGCUCCGCACCGCGUCGUCCUGUAUGAUAACCGAGCCAGUAUCGGACGACGAGAACCGACGAGUCCAACGCAAUAAAACGAGCCGCCGACGCAGAAUGCAGAUCCCCCGAUCCAUCGGCAAAGGAACUCCGAGCCCGCCUGGAAAUCCGACUUAA